CCACGAAUCAACCGGGCGAGCGGUAUAGAAUCGAAAGAUGCUGGGCGAGCGCUCAAAAACACUGGCCGAGCGGCACUGACAGUCCGGGGGCCUACAAUCGAAGUGCUCUUCAAAUACAAAGGUAUUAUUCAAUUUACCGAAAGUCGGAGUUGAAGCGGCAUGCCAAACGAGAGAAGCUUCAGCCGUAUAAAUUAACGCCGCAGAUAUAAAUACUUUGGCGGAAACGCGAUCAUACGGUUUUGAAAACUGGGGGCUUCAAUGCUGUUAGAUCAAGUUUUUCGCGAGCUUGGAAAGAACAACGAAGAGUGUGCAGAGGCCUUUGACAGAUUGACAUGCGAAAGAAUUGUUUGCAGAAGAAUACUUUUAAGGCUCUACAAACGGCUUCACGUAUGCGCGCUCACGAUACAGAGAAUAAAAAGUAAAAGGCUAGUAGGAAAAAGAAGAGAACGAGACCUUAUGAAGUAUGCUGAAAAGAUACUGAAGAUGAAAUGCCAUUGCAUCAUGAUUUGUGAUUACAAAAUCUCUAUUUCUUUCAUCGAUUUUUGUUCUCGUUUGUUGGAUGUUAUGAAAGCUGUUCCUGUUGAUAAAGUAUGCCUGAAUCUAGUGGUUUUGCUCUAA